CUGGCCACAAACAAAGGCACGUACUUGGGUUCUAAUAUGGAUAUGACGAGCGCGAGUCUUUUAAAGCUGCCUCACCGUACUAAACAUCAGUAGCGACCUUUCAUGAUGCCUGAAGAACCCCCGAAACCGCGAAAACGCAUCUUUAUCAAGAAGUCAAGCCUGCAAAAUGCAGCAAAGAAGCACACCGAUAUACCAAAGAAUCCCAGUCGCCACGAUGGCACUUGUAGUGCUAUCGCAGAAGAAUCAAUAAGCAAAGGUGAAGAGCAGGAAGCGCUCGCAAAGCUCGAGAAUUUGGAGAGCGAACGCGUAGCGAAGAGAAAACAAGUGAGCGCUGAGCCUCAAUCGCCGGCAGCAAACAAAAGAGCAACUCCAAGUAGCAUUGAUAGCCCUAGUCGGAACACAAGGAGCAGCACUCGAGUGACACCGACACUAUCUCCUGGGAAACAUAAGCUCUCUACCCAUCCGAAGUCACCUUCUCCACGAUAUAACGCUUUGUUGAAUCAAGGGAGUCAUUCCGCAAAACCUGCUCCCGAGAUAGUGACCCUUGAUGAUUCUUCAUCCUCCCACAACGACGAUGAUAAUGACGAUGGCGAUGGCGACAUGGAUGUACAUAACCAUAGGCCUUCAAAGACCCCAAGAGACACUUCGAACCUACAGGGAAGUAGAGCAAUCUUGGCACAGGAUCAACGGCAACGCGCAGACAGCUAUUCGUGGACGAAUAGACUUGACGGCGACCACAGCGACGACAGUGAUGCUGGUCCAGUGAUCAAAGAUGAUGCCAAGAACAUUUCUCAGGAUAGCGCGAAGUACCCAUCGCCAACAAGACCGUAUGUGUUAGAGGAGCCGCAACCUCCUCUACCUGAUCCAAUAGUUGAGGUUCUGGUCGAGUGUCACAUACCUAACUUUGAGCAGCGCGUGCCAGCGUUUGACGGCAUACCUGUGAAUUUCAAAAUCCGAUAUUCCAUGCCAUUCAGAAAAGUGCGCGAAAAGUGGAUUGCCAUGUACAAUGUCCCUCCAGAGAUUGUUGACGAUCUUAUAUUGUCUCAUAAUAAUGUGAAGCUUUGGAAUGCAACCACCGCGAGAUCUCUUGGGGUCACGCUUGAGAACGUUGAAGACUGGGGCAAAAUUGCACUUGAAAUGACCACGCAGGACCUUUUGCGGAAAGCCGAAGAAGAUAGGCUCAGGCCGGAUGUGCACGCUCCAGCUGCGCCCAAGGCCCGCCAACCAUCGAUCAAUUUGACUCUACAAGGAAAGGGAUAUGAAGAUGUCAAAUUAAAGGUGUACAACGAUACUCUAGUUGCUAAAAUCAUUGGGGCAUGUCGAAGACGAUGGCAAAUUCCAGCCGACAAGGAAAUCACAAUCAUGCUUGAUGGCGAGCCUCUCUCGCCUCAAGUCGUGGUUAAGGAUACAGAGAUUGAAGGUCCAGAGCAGCAAUUGGACGUGUAUAUCAAGUAGUUCGAGGGACUCGAGAAGGUCUCGGUGUUUGCAUGCGGGCGGCGCGUACCUUUGGGAGGGGUUUUGAGCUUCUAGUAAGUUGGGUCCAAGCUGAUUGAUUGAUAUCUUCACGAGCGAGGCGUCCUGGUUUAUCAAGGAGGUUGGCAUCACUUGCACGUGUUGCCAGUUAUGUUGUAACCGAUGUAGAUUUACAUAAAGUGCUCUUUAACUGUAUG